AUCUCGGCUUCAUUAGCCGGACCGGGGCUUGUCGAGGCUCAGCCGGGAGGCGUGGCUUUUCUGGCCCCGCCCCGGAAGGACGCGCCGGCCGGGUUGAGGCAGCGGCGGUAGCCGAGGAAGACUAGUAAGGAUCGGGGGCUGGUUUCCCGGCCCGCGUCGGGCCAUGGGGAAAGAGCAAGAGCUGCUAGAGGCCGCCCGCACAGGGAACCUGCCAGCCGUGGAGAAGCUGCUUUCGGGCAAGCGGCUUAGCUCGGGCUUCGGCUCGGGGGGCGGCUCGGCGUCUUCGGGGGGCGGCGGCGGCGGCGGAGGCGGCGGGGGGCACCCGCUUUCUAGCCUUCUCAGAUGUCUGAGAAAAAGAAUAGAAGAUAUGCAAAUGUAUGCAAAGAAAAGGAAGCAUAGGAAAUGUGAAGUUCACAGUAUCUGGAGAGGACCAAAUGUGAACUGUGUUGACAGUACUGGAUAUACUCCAUUGCAUCAUGCUGCUUUGAAUGGCCACAAGGAUGUUGUGGAAGUUCUGUUGAGAAAUGAUGCAUUAACGAAUGUGGCUGACUGCAAAGGCUGUUAUCCUCUCCAUUUGGCAGCUUGGAAGGGAGAUGCUGAAAUAGUGAAACUGCUAAUACACCAGGGACCCUCCCACACUAAAGUAAAUGAGCAGAAUGCUCUUGAGAUCAAAGAAUUCAAAAAGUACGGCCCCUUUGACCCUUAUAUCAAUGCCAAGAAUAACGACAAUGAGACAGCAUUGCACUGUGCAGCUCAGUAUGGCCAUACAGAAGUGGUGAAGGUUCUUCUGGAGGAGUUGACUGAUCCUACUAUGCGCAAUAACAAGUUUGAGACUCCUCUUGAUUUAGCUGCUCUCUAUGGGAGACUAGAGGUUGUGAAGAUGUUGCUUAAUGCUCAUCCCAAUCUAUUAAGUUGCAAUACUAAGAAACACACUCCCUUACACCUGGCAGCUAGAAAUGGCCAUAAAGCUGUUGUUCGUGUUCUUCUGGAGGCUGGCAUGGAUAACAACUACCAGACAGAAAAAGGCAGUGCUUUGCAUGAAGCUGCUUUGUUUGGCAAAACAGAUGUGGUGCAGAUAUUGCUAGCUGCAGGCAUUGAGGUGAAUAUAAAGGAUAACAGAGGUUUGACCGCUUUGGAGAUUGUCCGAGAACUUCCUUCUCAAAAAAGCCAACAAAUAGCAGCUCUCAUUGAAGACUGUACAACAAGAAAGAAUCUUGCAACAGCAGAAGAGAAGACAUCGCCACCUUUAACUGCUUCUAUUGAAACUUCAGUUCGAAUACCUCAGGGGAAUGUGGAGAAAGCAGUGACAGACUUGAUAACAGAUGUUGAUGGGAAGCCAGAAGAGUGUCCAUAUGAAGUACUGUACAAUGCAACCUCCUGUCAUUCUUUGGACAGCCUAGCCAGUGGAAGAUCCUCAGACAGAGAUUCAGUGAACAGGGAAGCUGAGAUGACUGGUAUUAAAGUGACAGCAGUGAGACCUAGAGAGCGUCCACCACCUCCUGCAAAACCUCCCCCUGAUGAAGAAGAAGAACAUGAAGAUAAAAAACAUGAUGCAUCCUCAGUAGGUUUAGUCACCAAGAGAAAAAGUAGAGGGAGCACAGCUGAUGAAGAAGAAGAACAUCCUUAUGAACUCUUGCUAACAGCAGAAACAAAGAAACAUGUUACAGUAGAUAAAAAAACAAAAGGUGAAUCAUCUUUAGGUGCUACCUGCAGUGUCCAGCCACAGAUAUGGUCACGAAAAGGUCUAUCUUCUCAGGAUGGUCAGUGGCCAUUAAAUUGCCAAGCUUCGUCCAAUUUCUCUUCUAGCCAUUCUGAACAAUAUCCAAGUCCUGAAUCUCAGCUGGUUGAGAUGCCAAAAGACCAAAAAAGGUUCAACAGAAGCCACAGCCAAGCAGAUGUCCAAGAUGCCCAGGUACUGGAUCAAUUCUCAGGUCUUCUGCAUGGUUCUUCUCCGGUGUGUGACAUAAAUGAGGACCCUUUGAGACUCAUUUCUGCUGUGGGCAAAGGAAGUACAGAGGGAACUGCUAUGCAGCUGGAAAAUGUUGAGGCUUCUGGAUCGGUACAAUCUAGUACUGCAGACCAAAAUAAAGUGGUCUAUUCAGCCAUACGCCAUAUCCGUGACAAGUUGGAUUCUGGAACUUUGGCACAUCCCCAUUUGCCACAGCACCCCGGUAGUGCUGAGGAUGGAGACAAGAGCAGUGUUGUGGGAAGAGUUCAUCCAGGAAGCAAGUCCAAAGCAGACCUCAAACUUAGCCGUAGCUUAUCAAAAUCGGAUUCUGACCUUUUGACCACCUCACCAACAGAGGACGAUACUAUGGGGAGCAGAAGUGAAUCCCUUUCCAAUUGUAGCACUGGGAAAAAAAGGCUGGAGAAAUCACCUUCCUUUGCUUCCGAGUGGGAUGAGCAGUUUCAGGAGCAAGUGCCUGAUGACUCCGAAGUUCAGUCUUUCUACAAUAUCGAGAAAAUCAUGAGUUCCAUUGGCGAAGGCAUUGAUUUUUCACAGGAGCAGCAAAGAAUGUCAGGUUCACGGAUGCUGGAGCAGAGUGUUGGGGAGUGGCUGGAGUCCAUCGGCUUACAGCAGUACGAAAGUAAACUGCUUCUCAAUGGCUUCGAUGAUGUCCGCUUCUUGGGAUGUAAUGUUAUGGAAGAUCAGGAUCUUCGGGAAAUUGGUAUUAAUGAUCCACAACACCGCAGAAAACUUCUCCAAGCAGCACGUUCCCUUCCUAAGGUGAAAUCUCUAGGCUAUGAUGGAACUCAACCUUCAGUUCCUGCGUGGCUUGAUUCCUUGGGGCUUCAAGAUUACAUUCAGUCAUUUCUGUCGAGUGGCUAUAGUUCUAUAGAUUCAGUGAAAAAUCUCUGGGAGCUAGAAUUAGUAAAUGUACUCAAAGUGAAUCUUCUUGGCCACCGUAAACGUAUUAUAGCUUCUCUGGCAGACAGACCCUAUGAGGAACCCCCACAGAAGCCACCAAGGUUCUCUCAGUUAAGAUGCCAGGAUUUGAUAUCCCAGACAUCUUCACCUCUGAGCCAGAGUGACUCCUGCACAGGGAGGUCUGCAGACCUCCUGCUGCCUUUGGAAGAUGCUGGGAAGAAGAGACAUGAGAACAUCCAUGAUAUUGCAUCUUAUCCAAGAGCAGAGAAGUUUAGGACACAGGAGGAACAUCGCGAAUCGAAGCUUACACUCAGACCUCCUAGUCUGGCAACUCCCUAUGCUCCCGUCCAACACUGGCAACAUCAGCCAGAGAAACUUAUAUUUGAGUCCUGUGAGUAUGAAGCCAAUUAUCUAGGGUCCAUGUUAAUCAAAGAUCUUCGAGGGACAGAAUCUACACAGGAUGCCUGUGCAAAAAUGAGGAAAUCAACUGAGCAUAUGAAGAAAACCCCAACAAUAAUAUUAUCUAUUACUUAUAAAGGAGUGAAGUUCAUAGAUGCUGCUAACAAGAAUGUAAUUGCUGAACAUGAAAUUCGGAACAUCUCUUGUGCUGCCCAAGACCCUGAGGAUCUGUGUACAUUUGCCUAUAUCACUAAGGAUUUGCAGACUAGUCACCACUACUGUCAUGUCUUCAGUACCGUUGAUGUAAAUCUAACAUAUGAAAUUAUUCUGACAUUGGGGCAAGCAUUUGAAGUAGCCUACCAGUUGGCCCUUCAAGCUCAAAAAUCAAAAUCUCCAGCUGUUUUGACUGCAGAAAUGAUAGAAACAAAAUCUUCAAAACCAGUGCCUAAACCUCGAGUCAGCAUGAGAAAGUCAGCAGUGCCGCUCCCUUCCGAUAGUCGCUGUUGUUACUGUCAUACCUGUACUACACACCGUCCUUCCUAUCUACCGCUGCAGUCUGUUAGUCCAGGAGUUAAGCUGGAGCAAUCUGAAGAGGACCAAGAUUCCCAGACCCAUGCUGGUGUAUCCUGGGUAGUUGAGCCCAAGCAGGAUUCCAAGAGGACCCUCAGCACUAACUGAACUACAGACAUCCACGUUUCUCCAUGGAAAUGUAGUAAAUGAGCAGAGCUCUAAGAAGCAGUGAAAUCCUGGAGGUACGAAGAUCAACACCCGGCUCUGGGUUGUGUCCUUGGCUGCUCAUUAAGGACUUCCAGAGUUGAGUGAAAAGAGUCCCAAGCCACAAGCUGAUAAAAGCAAUAUGCAUUUUUAGCAAAAGAACUGAAACUUCUGCAGUUAAAAGACUGAUGCCAUGAAUUUUAGUUUGAAAUGUUUUUGUUUCCUUUAUAUUGUGAAAUCCUCAAUUUCAGCAUAGCAUUGAUGGAAUUGAACAAUAACUGCUAAAAGAAAACAUGAAUAUGCCUGUCUUAUAGCUUUACAAUAUCUGAAUAUUAAAUCAUAUAUUCAUACUUGGCUUGGAAUAGUAAUAGGCAAAUUCCCAAUUUGAUGCAAUAUUAAAUUUAUUUUGAGGUACUAGCACCUAGGCUGAAAAUUGUUCAUUCUUAAUAGUUACAGUAAUAAUUUAAAAAGGUUUCUAACUUAAAAGAAUCAGAGAAAUUUAAAUUCUUGACAGUUCUUGAACUAACCAGAAGCCUGGUAUAAGUAACCAUACUUAACUGUUUCACUGCAAUACAAUUGUUUUGUGAAAGUAUUUUUCCCUCCACACAAUUUAUAAUAACUGGACUGUGAUUUCUUGCAUCUCAAUCAAGUAAUCUAUUUUUUAAAAUGUGAUUGGAUUGUACUCUGUGGUUUGAGAUUUUUUAGAAGAUUAUUCACUGAUUAGCACUUUUUAUACUAGUUGAUAAUUUAAAAAUGCUCAUUUAAGUUCAUAAUUUAAGUAUCUUAUAUAACAAUUACAGAGUAUAGAAAAGUGGAGAUCAUGGGCAUUAUGCUAAAACAAUUUAUUUCCUUAAUUCCACUUAAUUCAACAAUGACUGCUUCAGAUAGAAACUGAACUAGAAAAUGGGUUAUCUUAAGCAUUCACAGUCUUGAACACUGGCUUCAGUUCUGACGGUGAUAAAUAAGUAUCUCUAUUCUAUCAAAAAAAAAGAUGAAGUGCAAAUAAUGCUUUGGUGGAUAUGAUAGUUUGCUAUACCCUGUCACUGUGUUAAUGAUUUUCUUCAAUUUUUGUUACUGCUGUAUCAUUAAGAUGUAAUUUAGUCUUACUCUAUUGGGUUAAAAAAUAGGAGGAAAAAGUAUCCUUAUCCCAAAUAGUUGGAUUUGGGAAUAAUUCACAGAUGAAUUUCUUGAAACACAACAUUCCUUUAUAUGCAUAUGUAAAUGAUAUGCUGGUGUUGGUAUAAAUAUUACUGUACCAGUAAGUCUGUUCUUAAAGAAUGCAAAUUGCAUUUUUGUGAAGGAGGAUAGGAUAGUUAGCCUUAGAACAUAUUGACAAAAAUGAUGAAAGCUUCCAACUUGCUUCUUCCAGUAAUUUGGUGCUUCCUUUCUGAGUUUACAUGGACAUAGCAAUAUCCAUGGGUGCAUCUCCUGAUAAAGCAUUCCUUUUAAGAAGGCAAUUCAAGCCAUUUUGGACUUGAGUUUUCCUACAAUUUUAGCUGUUUCUAGACUCCAAAGUAUUUGAGACUUUUGUCUCUCUGUGAUGUUUUGUAGCACACAGAGAAGAAUACCAUCUAUUGCUGGCACUUAAUCUGUUUAUUGGUCCUUUAAAAUACUACACUUAUUGUAAGCAUUCAUUUGUGCUGAAAUAACAUCUCCCUGUGCUGCUUUUGCUAGAACGCCUUUUCAAAAAGGAAAAAAAAACACCUAAAAUUAUAGGCUUAUUUUUACUUCAUUUGAGUCCAAGAUGAGAAAACUUUAUAAAUGCUAUGAUGGAUGAGCUACUGCUUAUCUUUUGAAUGGAAAAUUCAUUUAUGAAAAUCAAAACUCCUGUAGGAUUUUUUGUUUUUUGUUUUAUAUUUUUACACACUAGUAUCAGCUCACAGAAACUGGCCUUUAGACUUUUUCUUAGCUUGUAAGAGAAAUUCUGAAUUUGAGGUACAUGACAAUCUGCCCAGCCUUCUUUGGGAACGAAUUCUAAAUCAGCUUCAAGCAGUGAGCUGUGCUGUUCUUACAGACAGGUAUCUAAUGAUACCUCACUUUUCCAAUACCUUCUUUGCCUGUGAAAAUAAAAAUGCUGGGUGAUAUUUCACUCCUUCACUGCCUCUGUUUGCAUGAUCAGUAUGAAUGUCUAUUGGCAGGAUUUUCUGCUAUGCUUGCUUCUGAAGAAGGCAGGCAGAUUCUUCGUAAUAGGCAGUUUGAAUAUCAACACUUUUAUGCUAAUUGUGAUGUAUGGCAGUGGGACUGAUUUGUAAUAAAAUGUUAUUUAAUCUGUCUUUGUAUUUUGAUACUUGAACUAUUUCCUUUUUAUUUUCUGUAUAUAAAAAUUAUUCUGUCUCUCUCUCUCUCUUUUUUGUGGUACCAAACAUAACCAAUCUGUGCAACAACAUAGACUGACCUCACUACAACAAGGCGAGACUGUAAAUAUUUCUGAGCUUCCAGCAGUCGUUUUGUUGUUUGUUUUUCAUAACUGUAUGAGUUAGAACUGAGUAAAUUAAUAAAAUUAGACAUCUCUGUA